AUGUCAAAUGAUAGUUUCUCAAUAGGCUCAAAUAAUGUGACGACGACAAUACCACCGUCAUUGUCGACACUACCUCAGCGAAUUUCCUUUGUACUUUUUCCGUGUAUGGUAUUAACCGGCGUGAUAUGUAAUACAUUGAUUUUCAUUAUCAUGCGACGUCGGCGUAUGUGUCAUCUUUCGACAUGUUAUUAUAUGGGUAUAUUAGCAAUCGCUGAUACAAGUGUACUUCUACUUGGUCUAACUGUUAUGUGGUUUUAUUUCUUAAAUCGAAAAUGGUCAUUACUAUUACAAUCAACAUAUGGCUGUAAAUUAAUUUCACUUUUAUUCUAUUCUGUAUCACACAUAAGUGUUUGGAUAGUUUGUAUGAUGUCUGCUGAUCGUUGCACUGCUAUAAUACGUCCAUUACAUGCUAGUUCAAUAUGUACAGUUCGACGAGCAAGAAUAUCUGUUUGUCUUCUUGUUCUAUGCAUGGUCUUGAUUAAUAUUCAUUUUUUAUUCACACAUUAUUUAUCAUUAGAAAAUGAAUGCACAUCCUAUAAAGAAUAUGAAUUUUUUAUGCGUCGCAUAUGGCCAUGGAUAGAUGCAGCUGUCUAUUCAGCAUUACCAUUUAUACUGUUAUCAACAAUAAACUUAAUUAUUGUACAUGGCUUAUUUCGUGCACGUCGUUCAACAUCAAGUUUACAACUAUAUCAAACGCAACGAGCACGAACGAAAAAUAAACUAUCAACAUCAAUGUCAAGAAAAUUGACAACGAUGCUUUUAGCUGUAACAAUCUUCUUUUUACUAACUUCGUUUCCCAUGGUAUGCUUACAAAUUUAUACAAAUAUAAUAGAUCCAAAUACUGAUUUAUUUACUCAAAAUUAUAUUAAACCUCUAUGUGAAACAUUACAAUAUUCAAAUCAUUGUAUUAAUUUUUUUCUUUAUGCUAUUACGGGUAAAGCAUUUCGCCAUGAACUUAAACGGUUAUUUCAUAGUAUGGCAAUUAAAAUGCGUCUAACAAAAAGUACAAUACAAACACCAUUGGAUAAACGCCAAUUAGGAAAUCAUUUGAAUGAUCGAAUGAAUGAACAUGAUAUUGGUAAACAACGAGUAUCACGAACUACUAAACGACUUUUACAAUGGCAAACAUCGAUUGAUCGAUGCGCUAAUAGUGGAACUAGUGUUAAACGUAAUCUAUAA